GAUAUCUCAGUGUUGAAGCCGCGAUUUGAUCCGUUACCUCGCGAACAGCAAUGGCCUUGGAGCAAAGUGGAAAGAUUGGGUCCUUUGUGAUUAUUCUAGGCUUCUUGUCCUUCAUAUUGGCUAUUGUCGCAGAGAACAAAAAGCCUCCGUUUGGAACUCCAAUUCAAGGAAAGGGCGUUGUGAUCUGCAAAUUCCCAAGCGAUCCGACAGUGCUGGUCGGUUCUUUGUCAGUCGUUGCUCUAGUUUUUACGAUCAUAGGAGGGCAUGUCGCUGUGUUCUUUAACUACAAAGGGAAGGCUGUUUCAAACAAUGUCCUGUUUGGCUACUCCGCCUUAUUCGUAUUCUUUGUGAUCGCUGAGAUUGUGUCAACUCUAGCAUUUGCGUUCUUGAUAUGGACUGUCGUUACUGAAGGCCUACACCGAUCCCGCAACGUUCACUACGAUCUCACGACUCAGUGUCCCACGGCAAAGACCGGCAUGUUUGGCGGCGCAGCUUUUCUCGCCCUUGAUGCGGCCAUCUUGUGGCUUGUUUGCCUCACGCUGACCUUGAACGUAAGAGCUGAUCACUUUGAGGACGAGGAGGUUAAGAAGGGAGAGUAUGGGCAGGUUUAUGCUACUGAAUUGGUUAGCCAAGGGGCUUAGCAAUACUAAUUACGUGCAUUUAUUUCUCUUA